UUUGAAGUGUUUUAAGUUUCAUGUAAUUAAACGAAUCUGAAAUGUGCUAAAUAUAAUUAAUGGAUUUUGUUUUGUUAUAAGUGUCUUUUAAAUCCCUUUAUAUAUGGAUAAACAAAUUCUUACCUUUAAGAAAAAGUGGGACUCAGUCAUGUAGCGACAGUAUCUGUGAUCUUUUUGUUACAUUUACUAGUCUAAAAUAACUGGAGCAAGCACAAAAUGCAGUUUUAAAAUUAUUAAACGACAAAAGAGCUGUGAAAAUAACACAAUUAUGGAAAACUAAUUGUCCUCUUUUUCAACAUAACCAGACUAUUUGGACCUAUCUCAUAUUUAGACUUGUUGGUUAUGCAAUUAUGAAUUCAGCUCUACCAUAAAGUGUUAUUUAUUUAUUUAUUUAUUCACUUCAGACCAUUCAAACAAUUUAAAAUCAAAUGCAAAAUAAACAUUUCUUAUCUCGAGAAUUUAGAGAUUCUUUGGUCCUUAAAGGGGAGUAGGGAGAAGCUCAAGGCUUUUCAUUGCCCUCUCCCUCAACAUCUUUCCAUUUCCAAAAUCCAAAAUAAACAUCUCUACACAUACAUCACAAACAAAAUCAACAGGUAAAACUUAAACCCAGGGGUGUGAUUACUGGUUAAAGGGAGACUAGGCAGUUUUGGCUUGAUUUUAGCACCCCCUAGUGUCCGUUUAGUAGAACCGAAAUCAACUCUUAUCAGACUGCAGCACCAGGUAUGUCGGCUACAUUAUUUUUGACAAGUCCAACAGACUGGACCGGCAAAUGCCCAAUUCUGGCCACAGAGGACAGUGAGGAUCUGUAUGACAUUGAAUUAACCCUGUAAGUCAUUUACCCUGUAUGGUCAUUUUAGUACAUACUGGCUCAAGAAAAUUAUUUAAAAUUAUGAAAAAUUAGCUAAGUAUCCCUUUUAAGUGGGAGUUACUUUUUGUGAGUCGGGUUGGUUUCAAUAACUAUUUCACUAAUUAUAAACUUUUUUUUCUGAUUACUUGACUGACAAUAAAAUGUUGUAUUAUAUAUUUUAAAGUGUGAUUAAAGUUUGAAGCAUUACUAGGGUCAAUGCUAGUUUUGAUUACUGAGCUGAAUGACCCUGACUCAGGAAACGAACCGGAAGUCUCUUUUUUUCAAAACUAUUGAACAUGGUGAUAAGUAUACAAACAAAUUGCAUACAAAAUUGAACAAAGAAGAUGAAACAUAUGCCAGGGGGUGCACUACAUAAAUGUUACACACACCCAAAUAACUUAUAGGUGGUGCACACCGGAAGUCUCUUCGCAGAGCUCUAACUCUGGUGAAACACCCCAUCUGGUGGUCAACACCUGUCAUUGCAGCAGGAGGACGUGUUUAGGAAGUGGACACGAAGGUGGAGCGGAGAAGGAAUCGGAGGAAAGGGCGGAGGAAAAAGCCACCGAGUGCUGUGAGAAAUAAUGACAGUGACUUAGCACUCAGCCAAUUUAUUUCACUUAGCGUUCGCAUUUCCGGACUUUACAGAAAACCAGUGGUCAUAUUUUUGUGUAACGAAGAGCGUGAGGCCAAAAAUGUAAGUGAGCCUGGUGGGUAGACACGGCAGACCCGCCGCUAACGGUUACUGUAGCUAACAGCAAGGUGUACAGCGGUCUGCUAGGCAGUUAGCUGUGCUCAGGAGGAUGCGAGAAUGUCACGGGACUUUUAUUGAUCCGAUGGGGCAAAUAACGUGGGACCAGUGAUCGUAGAAAGCGACUUUGCAGGUAAAGAGAGUUUUAUCCAAACUCUCCACCUGCAGGUAAAAGGCAGCAACCCCAUCUCUGUUAGAAGAGUUCCUCCUCUUGGGACGAGCAGGGGACAUUGAGCUCCAGAGGCCAUGCGUCAAGGGUGAGUGGUGGUCGCUUCAGGGGACACACACAGCAUCAGGCGAGGAGGCAGUCUGGGCCGGUCCGUGUGGAGAUGAAGCUCAAACAGCGCUUGGUAGUGCUGUGUGCCGUGCUCCUUCUCCUGGGCCUGGCCAAGAUCUUCCUGCUGGAUGGAGGUGAAGGAUCUGCAGCCAGCCGGCGGGACCUCAGAGCCUUUCGUAAGAUGGAAGCUGGUCUUUCUCUCCCUCGAGGAGCUCACCUUACCCACACUCUCCAGUCCCCAUGGGAGAUAGCGAGCCAGUGGGUGGGCCCCAGAGAGGUGUACCCUGAAGAGACCCCUGAGCUGGCUGCUGUGCUCACCUCCCUGAGCUCCGUCAGGAUAGAACGGGCUGACGUGGGCUACAAGGGCACGCAGCUCAAAGCCCUGUUGGUGCUGGACGGAGGACAGAAAGUAGUCUUCAAACCCAAGAGAUACAGCAGGGACUAUGUGGUUGAAGGAGAACCGUAUGCAGGUUAUGACAGACACAAUGCAGAGGUGGCGGCUUUUCACCUGGACAGGAUUCUGGGGUUCAGGAGGGCCCCUCUGGUGGUGGGGCGCUACGUCAACCUGCGAACAGAGAUCAAGCCUGUGGCCACCGAUCAGCUGCUCAACACGUUUCUCAUGCAGGGUAACAACACGUGUUUCUAUGGGAAGUGUUACUACUGCCGGGAGACGGAGCCGGCGUGUGCAGAGGGAGAGAUGAUGGAGGGGUCGUUGACGCUUUGGCUGCCUGACGUCUGGCCUCUGCAGAAGCACAGACAUCCAUGGGGACGCACGUACAGAGAGGGGAAAUUAGCCAGGUGGGAGUAUGAUGAAAGUUACUGUGAGGCGGUGAAGAAGAUGCCCCCGUACGACGCCGGCCCGAGGCUGAUGGAUGUCAUCGACACAGCCAUUUUUGAUUACCUGAUCGGGAAUGCCGAUCGGCACCACUACGAGAGUUUUCAGGACGAUGGAGGAGCCAGUAUGCUCAUCCUGCUCGACAACGCCAAAAGCUUUGGGAAUCCCUCCUUGGAUGAGCGGAGCAUCCUGGCACCACUCUACCAGUGCUGCAUGAUCCGCGUGUCCACGUGGAAUAGACUCAACUUCUUGAAAGGAGGAGCUCUAAGCUCAGCCAUGCGCCAAGCCCUUGCCUUUGAUCCGAUCCAACCAGUCCUGGCAGAAACACACCUCCUGGCCCUGGAUCGGCGUCUGACCGGAGUCAUCACAACUGUGAAACAGUGCAUCGAAGCACAGGGCCCUGAUAACACUCUGAUAGAGGACCGAAUGAACCUCCCGCACCCUUAAAGUCUCAGCUGGGGUGAGGAAGCAGCUUUCAGUGGAGUCUAUCUGGCUCAAGAAGAAGAGCUGAAAGAGUGGAACCAUCAGCAGGACGGACUGGAGAUGGUUCCUUCCUCCUCUAUUCUUUUAUUGAAAUAGUUCUUCAACUUGACACUAAACUAUAAAAUCUUCCUCUCAGGAUUCUUUACAAUAGGACAAUGUGUUCUGGUACUACUGGUUUUGGAGGUACUUUCACCUUGUGCCAAAUCCUCCUCCUGGUCGUGGUCAUUCAUGUUCACGUUAGGAACUGCAGAGGAGCCACCAAGAUGCUGAGUUUCAGACUGUUGGAACCAAGAAAAAAAACUGUCAAAAUUUAAAUUAUGAAAUUUUAUUUUGAACUUGAAAGGAACCCAUUCUUUGAGCUGCGGUGGAACCUUAAUGGCAAAUGGACUCACUUUUGCUCAUUGGUGUAAAUAUUUAGAUAGUGACAAGGAUUUAUGAGUGGCGAGUAUGAAUUUGUGAAUUAUAUUAAAUGAAUAAGUGUGUGUGUGUGUGUGUGUGUGUGCGUGCGUGCACUGUCCAAGGAUGCUACUGAUGAGAUGGACUUGACUCAUGGAUGUGGGUUCGUUCCCGUAAUUAAAGUACAAUCCACUUAAUUUUAA